AUGUCGCGCACCACCAUCAGCACCCCCAACGCGCCCCCUCCCCUCCCCCAGUUCGUCCAGGCCGUCUCGUACAACGGUCUCCUCUUCUGCUCGGGCGCCGUCGGCAUCGACCCCAGCACAAAGGCCAUGGUCGAGGGCACGGUCCAGGACCGCGCCCGGCAGUGUCUCCGGAACCUCACCGCCAUCCUUGAAGCCGGGAACAGUGGCCUCGACAAGGUGCUCAAGGUCAACAUCUACCUCACCGACAUGGCCAACUUUGCCGCCUUUAACGCCGUCUGGGAUGAGUUCUUCACCACGGACCAGAAGCCUGCGAGGACAUGUGUCGCCGUGCACCAGCUGCCCCUCGACACCGACGUAGAGGUCGAGUGCACAGCCAUCGCUGGCCAGGGGGCAAGGCUGUAG